GAGGCCUCAGUGGAGACUGGCGGCCAGAGAAGCACGACAGCCUGGCGCCCAGGACCUGGUCAUCACCCUACGUGCUCGCGUUGCCUGAGCUAUGAGCCAGACCAGGGAUUUGCAGGGAGGGAAGGCUUUCGGGCUGCUGAAGGCCCAGCAGGAGGAGGGACUGGAGGAGAUCAACCAGUUCCUGGACGACCCCAAGUACAGCAGUGACGAGGACCUGCCCACCAAACUGGAAGCCUUCAAGAGGAAAUACAUGGAGUUCGACCUGAAUGGGAACGGAGACAUCGAUAUCAUGUCCCUGAAAAGGAUGCUGGAGAAACUUGGGGUCCCCAAGACUCACCUAGAGCUAAAGAAAUUAAUUGGAGAGGUGUCCAGCAGCUCUGGGGAGACGUUCAGCUACCCUGACUUUCUCAGAAUGAUGCUGGGCAAGCGCUCUGCCAUCCUGAAAAUGAUCCUGAUGUACGAGGAGAAAGCCAGAGAGCAGGAGAAGCCAACUGGUCCUCCGGCCAAGAAAGCUAUCUCUGAGUUGCCCUAAUUGCAAAGAUCCAGCCAGCAUGUGCACGUGUGUGUGUGUGUGUGUGUGUGUGUGUGAGAGAGAGAGAGAGAGAGAGAGAGAGAGAGAGAGAGAGAGA